AUAUAUAUAUAUAUAAACUCCGUGGUUCCAAAAUCGACGAUGAAAUUUGCUAAUUUCACCGAAUUGAUUGUGUAUUUGUCUCAAAUUUCUCAGCUGACUGCAUAUUGAAAAUCCUGAAUCUCAUCAUUGUUGAAGACUUGCGAGUUUUCUCAUGUCAACUCCAUUAGUUGUUGGGACUACCAUUGGUGCUGCUGCUUUGGGAGCUAGAUACUUGAUAAGAGCGUGGCAAACGUUCAAAGCAGCACCCCGAGUGAGGAGGUUUUAUCCUGGGGGCUUUGAUCGGGAUAUGACACGGCGAGAAGCAGCAUUGAUUCUCGGAGUUAGGGAAAGUGCCGUCUUGCAGAAGAUCAAGGAGGCUCACAGGAGAGUAAUGGUAGCAAAUCAUCCAGACGCCGGUGGCAGCCAUUAUCUUGCUUCCAAGAUCAAUGAAGCCAAGGACGUGUUGUUAGGGAAAACCAAGGGAGCUAAUUCUGCAUUUUAAUUGACCAGUGUGUUCUUUACGCUUCGAAUUCUUAACAGCUUCAUGAUAGUCAACAUUAAAAUGGAUCUUUUUCUGGGGGAAAAGGAGAACAUAUUCUGUUUCGAGUUGGAGGUGAAUUUGUAACAACAGCUGGGUGCAUUACUGCCAUAAAUUUCAUGUAAUGCAACCAGAAAUAUUCUUUUGCAGAUUGUUUACAAUAACAAGUUGUAUCUUCCUGUUAACUAUUCUAUUUUGCACCA